UCCCCAAUCAGAUUCUUUUUUUAGUAUUGAAAGAACAGUCGCGGAAAUAAGUUGGGGAAACAAGUUGGGGCGCAGCUAAAAAGAGCCAGACAAAAGAAUUGGAGAACUGGCCCAGAGAGCGAGACCAGAGACGAGAGGAAGUGCGAUAACCCCCAGGAGAUAAGUGAAAAGUGAACUGAUUAGGAAAGGUAACCAACAGAGCAGCAAAGAUGCCAGUCUUUCACACAAAAACCAUCGAGAGCAUAUUAGAUCCUGUUGCCCAGCAGGUAUCCCGCCUCGUGAUCCUCCAUGAGGAGGCCGAGGAUGGCAACGCCAUGCCGGAUCUCAGCCGACCCGUCCAGGUGGUGUCGGCGGCGGUGGCCAAUUUGGUGAAGGUCGGCCGGGAGACGAUCAACAGCUCCGAUGACAAGAUCCUGCGCCAGGACAUGCCGUCGGCACUGCACCGGGUGGAGGGUGCCUCGCAGCUGCUGGAAGAGGCAUCCGACAUGCUCCGCUCCGACCCGUACUCGGGUCCGGCGCGCAAGAAGCUGAUCGAGGGCAGCCGCGGCAUCCUGCAGGGCACCUCCUCCCUGCUGCUGUGCUUCGACGAGAGCGAGGUGCGCAAGAUCAUCCAGGAGUGUAAACGGGUGCUGGACUACCUGGCCGUCGCCGAGGUGAUCAACACGAUGGAGAUGCUGGUGCAGUUCCUCAAGGACCUAUCGCCCUGCCUGAGCAAGGUGCAUCGCGAGGUGGGUGCCCGUGAGAAGGAGCUGACCCAUCAGGUGCACAGCGAGAUUCUGGUGCGUUGCCUGGAGCAGGUCAAGACCCUGGCCCCCAUCCUCAUCUGCAGCAUGAAGGUCUACAUCCACAUUGUGGAGCAGCAGGGACGCGGAGCCGAGGAGGCGGCCGAGAACAGGAACUACCUGGCCGCCCGCAUGAGCGACGAGCUGCAGGAGAUCAUCCGCGUCCUCCAGCUGACCACCUAUGACGAGGACACCAGCGAGCUGGACAACCUCACCGUUCUGAAGAAACUGUCCAAUGCCAUUUCCAACAAGAUGGAGCUCGCCAACGAGUGGCUAUCGAAUCCCUACGCCCUGCGCGGCGGUGUCGGCGAGAAGGCCCUGCGCCAGGUCAUCGACAACGCCACCGAGAUCUCGGAGCGUUGCCUGCCCCAGGACUCGUAUCCCAUUCGCAGGCUGGCGGACGAGGUCACCGCCAUGGCGAACACCCUGUGCGAACUGCGCCAGGACGGCAAGGGUCAGACCCCGCAGGCCGAAUCCCUUGCCCGAGGCAUUCGCGACCGGUUGGGUGAACUCCAGUCCCUGGUCCACCAGGCCGUCCAGGGAGUGGACAAGGCCGGUGUCCAGCAGACGGCCCACACCAUCCAGGGCCGCCUGGAGCAGGCCGUCAAGUGGCUGCAGCAUCCGGAGAUCAACGACGGCGGCCUGGGCGAGCGGGCCAUCAAUCUGAUCGUCGAGGAGGGACGCAAGGUGGCCGAGGGAUGUCCCGGCCACCAGAAGGCCGAAAUUCAGCAGCUGUGCGACGAGGUGGAGCGUCUCAAACGCCAGGCAGCCGGAUCCGGUCCGGCAGCCAAGCAGGCCGCCAAGCAACUGACCCAGAAACUCUACGAACUGAAGGCCGCCAUCCAGAACGCCCUGGUGAACCGCAUUGUCCAGGACUUCAUGGACGUCAGCACGCCGCUGAAGCAGUUCACGGAGGCGGUCAUGCAGCCGGAGGGCACUCCCGGCCGGGAGCAGAACUUCAACCAGAAGUCCAACAAUCUGCAGGCCUUCAGCGACCGCGCCUCGAAAACGUCGCGCAUGGUGGCCGCCGGCGGAGCUUGUGGCAACAAGAAGAUCGCCGAGAUCCUGCUCUCCUCCGCCGCCCAGGUGGACUCACUGACGCCGCAGCUGAUCAGCGCCGGCCGCAUCCGUAUGAACUAUCCGGGCAGCAAGGCCGCCGACGAGCAUCUCCAGAAUCUGAAGCAACAGUACGCCGAUACGGUUCUGCGGAUGCGCACCCUCUGCGACCAGGCCACAGACCCAGCGGACUUCAUCAAGACCUCCGAGGAGCACAUGCAGGUCUACGCCAAGCUCUGCGAGGACGCCAUUCACGCCCGCCAGCCCCAGAAGAUGGUCGACAAUACCUCCAACAUUGCCCGUCUGAUCAAUCGGGUGCUCUUGGUGGCCAAACAGGAGGCGGACAACUCCGAGGAUCCGGUGUUCACGGAGCGCCUCAACGCCGCCGCCAAUCGGCUGGAACGUUCCCUGCCCGCCAUGGUGGGUGAUGCCAAACUGGUGGCCACCAACAUUGCUGAUCCGGCAGCAGCUGCCGCCUGGAAGAACUCCUUCCAGCGCCUCCUGGGCGAUGUCCGGGAAGUGCGUGAGGCGAUUGCCCCGCCCCAGCCGCCACCGCUGCCCACGUCGCUGCCGCCACCGAUUCCAGAGCUGAGCGCUCUUCAUCUUUCCAAUCAGAAUGCUGAGCGUGCUCCUCCACGACCACCACUACCCAGGGAGGGUAUGGCUCCAGUGCGUCCUCCGCCACCAGAGACAGACGACGAGGACGAGGGCGUCUUCCGUACGAUGCCACAUGCCAACCAGCCUAUUUUGAUUGCCGCCCGCGGCCUGCACCAGGAGGUGCGCCAGUGGUCGUCCAAGGACAACGAGAUCAUUGCCGCCGCCAAGCGCAUGGCCAUCCUGAUGGCCCGACUCAGCGAGCUGGUGCUCUCGGACUCGCGGGGCAGCAAACGCGAGCUGAUCGCCACCGCCAAGAAGAUCGCCGAGGCCUCCGAGGACGUGACACGGCUGGCCAAGGAGCUGGCCCGCCAGUGCACGGAUCGCCGCAUCCGCACCAAUCUGCUGCAGGUUUGCGAGAGGAUUCCCACCAUCGGCACCCAGCUCAAGAUUCUGUCGACGGUGAAGGCCACCAUGCUGGGAGCCCAGGGAUCGGAUGAGGAUCGCGAGGCCACCGAGAUGCUGGUGGGCAAUGCCCAGAACCUCAUGCAGAGUGUGAAGGAGACGGUGCGCGCCGCCGAGGGAGCCAGCAUCAAGAUCCGGUCGGACCAGACCAGCAAUCGCCUCCAGUGGGUGCGCCGACAGCCCUGGUACCAGUACUAGGCUGCCGGACUCCGCCGCCCGCCACCUGCCACACGUGCCUUGUGUUGUAACAUACAAAGCUAAACACUAAUCUUAAUGAAUUCUUUAAAUUUUAAAUGUUAAAAAUGAAACUCCCCCAUUAACCCUAUGUAAGUGCCUGCAACUAUUUAUUAUGUGCUCCGAGAAGCAAGCGGAAAACUGAAAAGCUCUGAAAAAAAAGGAUAAACUUGUGCUCAUGUCCCCUCUCCACUCUGUUUCCUAUUCUAAUUUUGUUUCAAUAAUUGUAAAAUUAAUUAUUAAGCGUGCAAUAAAAACAAAAAAAAAAAAUGAUAAUAAUUAUAUUAAAAAGCAAGCCAGAAAACUAAAGCAAUAUCAGCAGAGAUGAAUGUACAGUCAGAUGUAAGCGAAUGCAAUCUAUAUUUAAUAAGUGACACUCUCCCACACAAUUUGCAAAUUCGAAUAUGAAUACUCUACUCUACCACCGUUUCCUACUACUCUUUUUUUGUAGUGUACUAACCGAAGCAUUUAAUGAACCAACCACCAGCCCCAGGCCCCUUUUGCCAUUGUUUAUGUUCGAAAUCCUAACCCCUUAACUAGAAAUCAAAAUACACAACCUGGCAUACUGAAAACAUAUAUAACUUUGUAGACGAUAUAACUUUAAAUCCAAAACCUUGUAAGCCCAACAACUGAAGUGUGUCAUCUUCCAAUAUCAUUGAAAUAAAACUGAAUAUAGAA